AUGGCUUCCGUGGGCAAAGCGCCGAGAGUGUCGCAUGUAUACAAAGCCAGGAGUACUGCUCAGUUUCGGAUUGCGGCAGUUACUGCUGGUAUGAACCUCCAAAAACGGCUGAACAUCGUACGUACUAAACUUGGCAAACUCCAACAGCGAUUGGAGACAUACAAACUAAGCAUGUGGGGCGAAAGUAGCCUACGACAUCGCACCUUAUCCCUCCUUAGUGGCCUAUUUGUAUCAGAUAACUGGCCACCGGCGCCAGAAUGCUCCAUCAAUUUCAUGGUCGGAGAGCUAUACUAUAACAAAGGCAUAAAUCGCCGCAAUGAUCCAAUUGGUAGAAACGAUUACAAUGACAAGGAUAUGCCGACACGAUCGAGGUGUAAGGUCCGCUGGUCGCGUCGUCCUUUACAACCGAAUGAGCGGUGA